GGCAAGUCCUCCGACACCCGACUCAUCACAGCGCUCUCAUUGACCUUACAUACUUACAGGAUAUGCCACAUAUUGUUCAUGAUAUAGCGCAAACGACGAGCUCAAACAACGUCCUUGUCGAACUUGAGGAAUGCUCCCAAAGACGUUUGCGUCACAUAAGUUCUAUUCAAGUUCGCAAUCUAACACCUUUUCCCGUCCGAGAUGCAUUUGCUUCGGCUCUCGCUCGCCCAGCUGAACACUCUCAAUUUACGCCUCUGGGAAACCUCUCUGACGACCUUGAUAUAACACUUUCACGAAAACGUUCACGGCGGAUCUCCACAAACUCUGUCAAUACCCUUCAAAGUGCUCGCUUAGAUGAUCAUGCUUUAAUAUUGGAAAAUGGCGAUGAGAGAGGUCGUCGGAGAGCCCAAUCUAAGGUAAAUUUCUCAGGAGGGAGCGUAGAGCCCACGCAAAGGAGCAGCACCAUCUCCCGCACCAUUUCAACCAGUGCCACCGCACCUACGAUAAAACCAAGUAAUCGAGCACGCACCAAUUCCGUGGUCUCGUACCUCAGUCCCCCUUCGACCUUGUCCACCGGUUUAUCUUCCUCAUUAUUCUUCGAUUAUUCGCAGAGAACCUUGGAGAAAGUUGUCCAAUCCCGCCUCGUGGAGACCUUCAUUACAAUCACUGUUCCGGACACUCCGGAUGUUUUUCCGUUCCCGUCUUCAUCGUCCACCAUGCAACGAACUCGCGCUGAAAGUGCUCCACGCGCACGCUCUUCUACCUGCAAUGAACUCAUCCUUCCUAAUUCGGUGACAAGUGCGCGAAAAGUCUCAAAAUUAUCACGGCCGAACAGCGUGGAGACCUCUAAGGCUAUACCGUUAUCUCGACCAGAACCUUCCUCCUCAAUCCGCUCUCCCACCUCCCUCAUAAAAGGUACGCCGCCAGUCAGAACAGCAGGAGCGUCCCUUGCGCCACGCAUGGUUCCUAAAACACAUAAGUCCUCAGCUUCUGUUCCACGCAGCUUCACAGCGAACCAACUCCCAUCACCUCCAGCUUCCCCACCGUCUCCAGAACCACCUUUGCUUCGUACCGUGCCGAAUUAUAUAUCACCUAUCCACCGGCCCUCGACGAAUCCUUCUUUCGUGAUCGAGGCACAGUCAGAAUUCGACUUUGCACCUUGGACAGAUUUGUGUGCCGAUACGGUGAAGAUUGAGCUAUGGGCGAAGACUUGUCGGCAUCCUACCGGUGGAGCUCCACUGGAGGGCAAAGGAAAGCAAAAGGAGAUGGUGACUGAUCCCACUAGAGAAGGACCCAAAUGGACUGUCCUAGAGCAAUGGAAUGUCAACCUUGCAGACCUUGUCCCAUUGAAACCUGAGCUCGAGGCCCAUCCGCCACGCCUCCCAUCCAAUACCCUUUUCAUAACAUUUUCUACUUGCACAGAAACAUUCUACUUGCCAACUCGUUCAGUCUCGAGAGUCCAUUCGCACUCACGCUCUCCUUCUCCGACUGCGUACAACUCUGAACCAGAGACAGGAAUUCGGAAGUUCGGAAACUCUACCGACCAGGCUACACCAGCACACUUUCAUAUCACUCAGACGCCUUCUGAACAGCCUAACAGAUCGCGCAGAUCACGCAGGACAAAUGCUAGAACUGCGAGUUCGCAAGAUUUACUUCAGCUCGUUACGCUCCAGUCAAGCAUCGUCGACCACGAGGAGUCGCUUGCGGAUGUGAUGCGGCAAAUAGAUACAACAUUGAACAAUGAUGUUUUCGCGAUAUUGAACCGGGAGGCUUCGGAACGUGAAGCGCGUAUCGACGAUCGACAAUCUGAAGCGAAAGAGAUCUUGGAACGGGCAUGUCUGUUACGCGGAGAUAUUGCUUCUCGCCGAAAGAGGCUAGAACAGCGGAGAGACUUACUUGCGACUGCCGAGUCGAUGCAUAGAGAAGACCAGGCCGACCUACGGCAGACUGCUGUGGAAGUUGCAGAGCAGAAGCGGUGUCUUGAUGCCCUUCGGGCGCGUCUUUUGGUCAUACGAACGUCGUUGAUCUCAACGCUAUCAUGGUUAUAUCCUAUUGAAUUGUUCUCUUCCUCGGAGCUACUCUUUACGAUUCUCACCGUUCCGUUGCCUAUUCCGUUCAACUCUACAGAGCCUGCCCCACCAUUGUCGCUAGCCUCCCACAAGGAAGUGACUGAAGAUGCUGUAGCCACCGCGCUAGGUUUUGCUGCACAGCUAGUACAGCUCCUUGCCAUCUAUAUGGGCAAAGGCCUCACGUAUCCUAUCACCUGUAUAGGGAGUCGGAGUUUGAUCCGAGAUGACAUCUCGGCCAUGGUUGGUCCAAGAAUGUUUCCUUUAUUCUCGAAGGGCGUUGACACAUAUCGAUUCGAGUAUGGCGUGUUCCUGCUCAACAAGGAUAUCGAAAUGCUCAUGGCAGAUCGCGAUUUACGAGCGCUGGAUAUGCGACAUACGCUACCUAAUUUGAAAAACUUGCUCCUGACCCUUACUGAUGGUGAAUGUGCAAGCGUUCACAAUUCUCGAGUUUUUGAUUCGCCGGCUUCUUCUGGCCUUGCAACACCCCUACGGGUGAACUCGCUGCCUCCUACCCUAGUGCUUACGCCAGACAGUCCAAAAGCUAAUCAUAGUUUGCACGAGUUACCUGCGGAUGUUGAGGCCGAGAGCACUACCCCAUCCGAGAGCGGCUCGACUACGCCCACGGCAACUACAUCAUUAACUGAGGGUAGUACCUUCUCUCGGUAUUCGAAACUAUCAAUUGGCUUCCCGCCCCUGCCGGGAUUUUUACGUUCACGAAACGGUUCUGCUGUCGGUCGGGCGUCGGUGAAACUGGACCCUGAGACCGGCUGUGAGGCGCAAGAUGGAGUCCCGGGUGCAACAACAGGGUUACCGGCUCCGAAUUUGAGGAUGGGGGAGGACGAGGAUCGGCGAACUAUCCGGGGUUUUGUGAUGGAUUGCGAGGAAGGUAAGAAUGUUAAGCCAGGAGAGGUUAGCAUUAGUGAAGGGGCAAAGGAGCCGAUGGAGAAAGCUAUGGGUGAUGCUUCUGCGGCUGCGGCCUGCACUGUUGUUUCGCGUGCUUCGUGAUAUUAGGGCCUUAUGUAGAUGGGCCGCGACGUGUUUAUAUGAAUCUUAAUGAAAGCGAACUUUUGCAGGACAGAUUUCGUUUUGCGAAGCGCG